GAACGUGCGGGUCUGUGCCUGUGUCGACCGAGCGAGAAAGAGCGAGCGAGCGAGUCAGCUGAUCCGAACUACCGUUUGCCGACGCGCCAAAUACACUUCCUUCCAGCGCCAAUCCAGGAUAUCGAGUGAUCUUUGCAUGUGCCAAUACUGAAACACAAGCUAAUGUGAGGUUAUGAGUGCCCCCUAGUGCCAAAAUAGUUCAAAGCAAAACCAAAACAAAGCAAAACGAGCUGCAGAUGGAAAGCAACGCAUUUGGCAGCAGCCAUUUGCCAUCUCAAGCGCUCGUUGUUCUCUCGGAAGCGGCUUCCGGUCUGCAUGAGGCUCUGCGUGGACAACGUCCGUUUCCAUCGAGAUUACCUGACGCCAAAGAUCUCCACAACAUGUCACUAGUCGGCAACUACUUCAACCCGCAUCUGCUGCUCAACCACGGGAUGCUGGUGGCCAACGGAGCGGCGGCGGCGGCGGCAGCCGCUGGAGCUGGGCCCGCCGGCUACUUCGCCAGCGACCGGUCGCCGCUGGGGAAGCCGUCGGUGCUGUCCAACUUCUCGCUGCCGUCGGCCUUCUCGCCGCCCAAAUACAUCGGCAUAUCGCUGGAUCAGAAUCUGUUCAACGGCAGCGAAUCAUUUCGGACGGAUUCGGCCAGUCCCACGUGCACAUCCCACGAAUCCAUGGAGGGAUCACAGGAUUACGAUGCCGUUGAAAAGGGUGAAAGUCCGCGCAGUAAUAAUUCUCAGGAUCCCAGGGAUUUGAGACAUCUGCACAACGCGGGGAAGGGCCUCCAAGCACUGGCCACCUCCUCGUCGGCGUCCAGCUCCUCGUCCUCCUCCUGCUCCACCAGCAACCCAGCCAUCAGCACGGCGCCCAGCAGCGUGGCCGUCUCGAUGGCCAGCCACCUGGCCGCCUCCUCGCCGCACCACCACCCCCACACGCACGCCCACUCGCAUCCGCACCCGCUUGCCCACCCACAUCCGCAUGCCCAUGCCCAUGGCCACCACCACGGUCACCACGUGGGAGCGCCGCCCACGUCCACGGCGGUGACAACGCACCACCACAUGGCCCACCCGCAUCCGCUGUCGCAUCACCAUGCCGCCCACCACGCGGCCCUGGCCAGCCUGAGCAUGGCGGGUCUGCGCGCGGUUCCCGGUGGAUUGAGCUUGGUGAGUGGACUCCAGGCGGCAGCCGCCGGCGGAGCCAUCCCGGAGAUGUGUCCCAUAUGCGGACUGAAGCUGAGCGCCGAGGAGUGGCACACGCACUUCCUCACCGAGCUGGACAGGCUGUUCAAGCUGAGCGCGGGAUUUGAGCGGGCCAAUCUGCAGGCCACCUACAUGUUCGCUCCGCCAUGUCCGGCGCAGGAGAACGCCAUUCGCACCAGUCACAACCGCUGGGAGACCUUCCAGAGGAUACGAAACAAUCGCCAGAACCGCCUGAGACUCAAAGUGCGAAAGCGCAAGUACGGCGAGAUGUACAUGAUGGAGAGUCUCUACUGCAGCAGCUGUCCGAUCUGUAAGAGGAAGUACGCCCUGGAGACGGGGAAAAUACCGCCAGAGGACGAUGCCAAAUCUCAGGAGGAGAUCGAGACAGUUGAUGUAGAAAGCUGCAAUGACGAUGUGCCCGAUUCGGGCUCUGAACUAACCCGACCUGGAUCUGGACCCUCGGGCGCUCUUCCCGCCUCCAGCAUGCACAACAGCAACGCGCAACCGGGCAAGCUGGACGGGAUCCUCUACCGAACGGCCUGUGUGAUCAAUCAGAAGGAUCAGCAUGCCGACGAGCAGGAUGUGAGCACCAAUGUGACAACGGCCAGCAGCAGCAGCUGGGCGGGCGAGAUCAACGCACCACCCCAGGCACAUAUCAGUGUGAAAACCGUCAGCGAGCUGUCAUCCACCACACAUCACUACUACAACGCCGAUUCCUGUGGCGUGGGCGUUAACGACAACAACAGCAGCACCAACAUCAACACCAACAGCGGCGCGGGUGGAGGCGGCAUCAGCAAGGACCUAAUGAUGGACACGGCCUCGUGCCAAAAUGAUAGCGACGAGGAUGUAAUUGUGGACGAUGACGACACCGUGAAGGUGCCGAGCAAGCUCAAUUACAGCAAAAUACAACGGCGGCAGGAGGAACAGAAUGUGGGCAGCAGCAGAUCCCUGGAGAACAUCUCACCCGUGGAUGAGAGACCCCGUUCGGAGCCGCAGGUGAGCAGCACCGAGCCAGGUCCCAUGGACAUCUCCCACAGCAGCAGCAACAACAACAACAACAAUAAUAGCAGCAGCAAUAACAACAACAAUCCGACUUCGAAGUAUGUGGAGAGCAUGGAGAACAGCCUGUCGCAGUUGUCGUCAAUGGGCGUGCCGGGAUUAACGCAAUUGGACUCAAAGGUGGGGAUUAGUUCGGAUUUAAAACCGGACGAUGAAAACAAAUGUUUCAUUUGUAAGACAGGCAUAAAGGAUCUCAACACGGAUGCGUUCCUGCGCGGCCGCAACUUCUACUUCCACCAGAGUUGUGCCAAUGUCAUGAGCAGCUACCGCCUGAACAAGGAGCUCCUGAGCCAGGCCCAAAGUCAGCAGCAGAGGGCAGCCGGGAACGGAGGAGGAGGCGGGUCAGGUGGCGCCGGUGAGGCGGUGGCCGCCACGGCAACGCCGCGUAGCUUGUCGCCUGCCCAGUCGCCCCAGCAGAGCGUGUCCCAGGCCAUGGAGUAGGGGGGCCAGACGAGGGACAACGGUCGAAUUGAUAAUUGCAAUCAAAGCGUGAAUUUAUUAAAAUUAAUUAAUAAAAUAUUGUAUUUGUGGUAGCUAAUGAAGCGCGACGAGCAAAUUGAUGUUUAAUCGGGCAUCCCCCAAAGUAGGCUACCCGCCCGCAAAACACAAAAAGAGAAACGAAGAGGCCGCUGUAUUUGCCCUGUAAAAACUCGACAUGUAUGUAGAUUUCAUAUGCUUUCAUUUUAAAUGAAAUUUGUUUUGUUUAUAUAUAUAUUUUUUUUAAUGGAAAACCACAAUUAGUGCAAUUUUUGGGUUGCCUUCUCAACUGUCAUAUGUGUAUAUGAUGUUUGUACUUAAUUAUCAGUAUGUAUCUAUUCGUAAUUUCCCUGAACGUGCUAUAAUUGUUAAAUGUUUAAUUGAUAAAACAUAUGAUGAAUGAGAAUUAUCAUCUCUAAGCAAAAAUUAGUUGUAAA